UCUCAAAAUAAAAUAACACUAAUAUAACUAAUAUAACAGAUCUAUGAAUAAAAUAAAUAGGGUCUAUAAAUCAGCAACUAUUAGGCCUACUGCGUUCACUACUUAUUUAAUGUAGAGCUAGAUCUAACAGCUGUGCAAUGUUUGGGGAAUAUGCUCAGAUUGCCACAUACUUACAGCAGACCAGAGAUGGAACAACCUACAAUGACAAUUUUCAAGACCCACUACCCUCUUAUCUUCACCCUCCCUUCCAGCCUCCUCAACCCUGGGCUUGUGGAAAGGAUAAAGCAUUUGAAGAUUUCAUCUUGGUAGCAGAGUUUUCAGAACUGGAGGGCCCUAAACCAGUGAUGACGAUCCCUAAAGAUGGUGGCUCAAAUUUUGAUCAGAAUUCUUUUUCUGUUCGGAUCCUAGCUGUAGACCAUCAGACCUCAUCAACUGGCUUCACAAUCACUGAAGAUGCGCAGGUAGUUUUGUCUGAUGUUGACACAGGAGUUUUUGCCUUUGUUCAUCAUUUAGUUUUGUUUGACAACACAGCCAGAGGUUUUGUCAGACCAUAUUGUAUUGCUUACGUCACCAUGGAGUCCAAAAAGUUGAUGCAUUUUUAUGAAGAAAUUUCCCUUCAGUUGAAAAAGGUGGCCAGGUUUUUAAAGUAUGGAAACAAACUGCUUUUUAUUGGAGAUUUGGAAAGACAUUUAAAAGACCUUGAAUACACAAAAGGUUUCCUGUUGAACCAAGUGUCCAAGAUGAGGCUUAAGGAUGUUGAUACUGUGGACGGUCAGGCCCAGGACACCCGCAAGAAUGCAGAGAAUGAGCUGUACAGGGGGCUGCAGACCAUACGUCAGUCCAGCUCGGAGAUCAAAGAAAUCCUCUCCACACUCAAGCCACUACUGAGUGACAGGCGGCUAGAGAACAGGUUCAGACUGCUGGAAGAGAGAGCUUACCAAAAGCCAACUUCAUCCAGUCAGGACAAGCUGAGUCUGCAGGAAAAUUGGUUCAACGACCUCUCUUCACUGGAGGAACUUGACUUAAGAUGUGGUUCACUAAAUGAGCCCAGGAUGUCUCCACUUACACUCUUCAAGCCUAGAGAAUACAAGCCAGUGCUUGUUGAAACGAAGAAGGCCAAGAGAUUCAAUGCUCCACUGAGAGGCCUACAUGAGCUCUGUUCUUGGGGAGCUAAAGAAGGGCUCAGGAAGCUGCGUCACAUCCACGAGUAUUUCAAACGAGACUUGCUUAUUCUUGAAAUAGAAAAAAACGAGUCACGCCUGUUCCGGCCGUGUUGUGGUAAGAUCUCCCAUGGCCAGUGUAUCACAGGCAACUUCUUUACUGGCAUCCAUGUGAGACAGUCCCAGACAUCUGCUGAUGAGGACAAUGGAAGUCUGUUUUACAACUAUCAGUGGGGGACGGUUGGAUCGCUGGAGUCUAUUGAUAGCUUCAAGUCUGUGGACAGCUCUCUGUACGGCUUCAACACCUCACCCUCCUCCAUGAACACUUAUGAAAGCGCCCGUGGCUUCCACUCCGCGGCCUCCUCCCCCCCAGACAUCAACCUGCUGAUGGAGAAUGAGUACUACGAAGACAUUGAAGCUGCAGAAGACCAGAUGAGUGUGGCAGAGAUGUCAGUCAACUUUGACCUCUUGGAAAGGGAGGACACCACCUUAGAAGACAGCACAGAGAGACUGGAGAGCUCAGAGUUAUCCCACCAUGCCCCCAGUUUAAACCCAGGCACAGGUAGUGUGGGGGAGAAUUUUUCUCAAGGUCUGGUUAAAGAAGGGGAGGGGAGGAUUCCUGGCCACUCUUCAGAAACUGAAGUUCAGUUUAGAUCAGAAGUUGCACAGCUCCAGAGCAACCUGUCUAUCCUGAGCUUUGGAUCUAUAUCAGAUUUGGAUUUCCCAGACUCCACUAUAGCAACUAAUGGUGCUGGUCUAAAUAAAUCUUUACCAUCUGGUUGUCAUGUAGAAAAUGGUUUGAACAAACAGUUGUCAGAAAAUUUUCACUUGGCCCAGAACUUGAACUCUUAUAAAAACCAUGGCCUGCCUGCUGACCACAUUGACACAGCUGGUUCUAACUAUGCCAGGGACUCCCAGAAUAUUCCAGAACAGGAUGCCGGAGUGGUGGAGAAGAACAACAAUGUUGGCAGUAAAGACAAUACAGCCGUGUUAACUGGCAACUCAAGUCCUACCAACUUGACGCGACAUGAAACACAGGACAAUGAGCCUGGCCAUCCACGGCCCCUAACUCUGGCUGGCAUCAAGUCUAAUAACUCUGUCAGCACAGACCAGAGUUGUCCUGACCAAAAUGGGGCUGUGACCUCUCAGAAUAAAAUUGUUGUCAGCUCUGAUAAUUCCCCGUGCCAGCACUUCAUUGUCAGCGCUGACAUCUCUCACGACAUUUCUGACAUUGAAGCUGUCAUGCGGGAGAAAGAUGGGCUUACGACAGAAGACAACACUCCAAAACGAGACAGCACUAGCAAGCUGACCUCCAUGCUAGAACAAGCUGGCUGUGUUGCCACGGUAACAAGUACACCAGCCCCUUCACGGCAAAUCUCAGCCAACGAGGUCAGCUCUUCAGAACCUGAAACACCAAAAGAAAGUUUCCACACAGCAUCAGAGAGCCACUGUAGCUCUUCUUCUUCUAAGUUAUCUAGCGUGUCCCAGACCAACCCAGCAGCCUACGCCCACCAGGUCACAGGGGUCAGCAACCCGCGGGUCAGACAGAAGAUGCUGGCAGUGGAGGAGGACAUGGCCAACUCUGUCCAGUCGUGUGCUGAGUCUGAGACAUCCUCAGCCUUCACUGAGAUCUCCAUGAGGGACAUGUUCCCCCACCUGGUGGACCAGGCCAGCGGCUCCAACAGACUCAGUCAGGUCAGGCAGGACUCUUUUGAUGGCACCGCAGGCGGAGACUACAUCGAUGAGUACCUGGAUAUUCAAAUGCCAGUCAAUACAAGGACAUGGAAACCAAGGUGUGGUCUGUACACUGUGGGGGACUGGAUUAAUAACUUGGUACCUGGCAGGCCAGGUAACUGCCUGCUUGAGGUGUUCUACAACUACCAGCACAUUCAUCAUGUCAUCUUCAGCCUCCUGAGUGGACGUCCAGUCCUGGUUGCUGGAAGCUCCAAGUUUGAGUUAGAGGUGACCAAACUAGUCAAUGCCCUGUCUGUAUUUGUCCCGGCAACAAAAAGAAAGCGCCAAACAGUGCUGGAAUGGACAACAAAGCCACUUAAAAUUGUAGAUAUAACAAAACUCAAACUGGUGGGGGUUUGUAGGCCAGAGAGGAGAACUUUAGACUCGUACAUUCCUGGUGCCAUCAAGAAAAGCUGCACUGUGCUGGAUGUAGAGAGAAGGUUAAUCACUGCAGUUCCAUAUCAGGGUCAUUGGAUCAAUUUUUUAAUGGCGAAGAAAAAAGUUUUUAAAAAUGAUAUCCAGCUAUUGUCUUUCAUUGAAUGGUGGAUGAUGUGCAUCAUGGCCAAAAGUUUUAUUUUUUUCCACUCGUUUUGUUUGAGCUCAUCUGGGAGCAUUUUAUAUUCCCACAGUCCGAAAGAUCAACGUGACACGUACUGUUCCACUGUGUCCAACAUAAUGACCAGAAUUGGGGUCAAAGACUGCGACAGUGAAAUAGUUGAGUACCUGACAGAAAUGGUGAAGAUCUCAAGGCUGGAGUCCCAAGUCUGGCAGGGAGUGGAACCAGGUAAUAUUGUGCAGCCCCUACACCUACAAUACAAGCCAUGCCAGAUUUUCCGCUGCUGAUGCCAGUUGUACAUUGCUCAAUGGUUCUCCAACAGUACUUGCUUAGUGUAUAUCACUGUUGUUGUUGUUGCUAAAAUUAGUAGUACACAUUUUUCCCAUCUAUCACAAACUGACAGUUCUAAAUGUUAACUUCUACAGGAGUUAGAUGUGUGAUAUUAUUUUUGUAUUAAAUGUUAACUUCACCAGCAUAUUGUGUUAAGUUAAAUGGUAACUUCAACCAGUUCAUGGAUGUGAUAUUAUUGUGUAAAAUGUAAACUUCAACAGGAGUUAGAUAUGUAAAAAUAUAUUUUACGUUUUUGGAAUUUUUUAAAAUGUAACUUAACCUGUGAUAAAAAAAAUUAUCUACUAUGUCCUGUGAUGUCUCUUGUACUGUCUAACUUACAAGAAUUUCUUUGGUUGCUGACAGUUUUGUAUUUUAAACUCACUUGAAAAAAAAAACAUUUUUCCCUUAAUAUCUGCAAACUGCCCUAAGCUGCUGUCAAGUUGAACACAUCAAUCAAACUGACCAAGUGAUGAUCACAAAUAUUUCUCAUUAUUAACGUAGUCAUCCCCAUAAAUACUUCACCGUGACCAUGUUAUUUCCACAAAUAUUGCACAUCAGUCUAGGCAUUCCCAUAACUAUUUCACAUUGACCAAAUCUUCACCACAGCUUUGUAUUGACCAAUUAUAACAUACCAUGCAAACAUUGCUCAAAUUCAUCCAAUAUUUAUCUAAACCAUGUCACUCUACAGAUUGAGUCAUGUCAUUUAUAAGACUGAAUGCUUAUUUGUUAGAUUUGUCAAUGUGUAGACAAGCUACUCUGUUGCUCAUGGACAACAUGUUGGGUUCUACCUGUUAAAUAAGCUAUGAUAAGUGGUUUAGGUGGUCUCCCCUCACUAGUAUACAUGCCAAUCUAGCAAAUGGGCCAAGCCACACUGUGGCCAGGAUUGAUGUAAAUAUUGUUUUAAAUCAAAGCUAUUUGUACUGUUUCUGUAGAAUUUACAAAUAUGGCUGUUGUAAGAAAGCUUGUUUUGUCUCAUCUUUUUGCCUGGCUAAGCCUGCUGCUGACUGACAUGUUUUAUAACUAACACACAGCAAAUCUAACACACCAACAUUAAUACUCAGAUUGUUGAUCUUUUUCACUACUACCAGCAUGAAAAGGACUACAGGUUGUAUAUAAAUAAGGCUCCAAUACUAUAUCAACUUUUGUGAGAUGUGUCCUAGAUUUCAAAUACAUGUCACUUUAAAUGUACAUUUGAUUUGCAUGUCAAAAUGUGAAAUUUUUUCUAUAUGAAAAACAAUCCUGCAACAGAGUGUAGAAUUUUGUUUUCAAUACCCUCUAUGAGUGAGUAUACUACUUUAAACACUGAAUUUUGCAAAAUUCUGAUCUGGCAUUCUAGCACAGACAAUUUUAAAAUGAGUACUUCUAUUGUGGAAAAAUUUUACUGAAAAUGACAAGAUUUAGCAGGAUGACACAUCCUGAAAGAUGAAGUGUGAGGUGAAUAAAUUAGAUUGGGACAGGCAAGAGAUAUUUGGUGUGAAAGACAUCAGUUCUAUUCCAAUCCUUUACAAUUUCU